GUCGAAAUGCUUUCCGAUUAGUUUUGUCCUGUGUGGGUCGCCGUCCUGAAGGCCCAAGUGGAGGCCGUCAGGUGAGGCGCGGGAAGGGAGGCGGAGCCUGCGAGGCCAAGCUCGAGCCGGUCGGUUGGAGGAAGGAGAGGCGGGGCGGUGGAGGAGAUGGCGGCGGCAACGGCAGCGGGGCGAGCCUACGAGAACCUGAAGCUGCACAUAACACCAGAGAAGUUUUACGUGGAAGCUUGCGAUGUUGGAGCAAAUGAUGUACUUGCCAUUGACAGAGUAUCCACGGAGGUUACUCUCACAGUUAAGAAAGAUAUUCCACCUUCAGCAGUUACCAGGCAAAUAUAUGGUAUUCUGGGAACAAUCCGUCUUGUGGCAGGCACAUAUCUUAUUGUAAUAACAAAAAAGAGAAAAGUAGGUGAAUUCUUCAAUCAUGUAGUCUGGAAAGCAACCGACUUUGACAUCCUCUCUUACAAAAAGACAAUAUUACAUUUAACUGAUAUUCAGUUGCAGGAUAAUAAAAUCUUUUUAGCAAUGAUUAGCCAUGUACUGAGCGUGGACGGAUUUUAUUUUUCUACAACAUAUGAUUUAACGCACACCCUACAACGGUUGGCCAAUACAAGUCCGGAGUUUCAAGAAAUGAGCUUGCUUGAGAGGGCAGAUCCACGCUUCGUAUGGAAUGGUCAUCUUCUUAGAGAAUUUGCUUCUCAGCCCGAGCUCCACAGGUUUGCAAUUCCAGUUAUGCAUGGAUUUAUCGUUAUGCACUCCUGCUCCAUUAAUGGGAAAUACUUUGAUUGGAUUCUUAUUUCUCGAAGAAGUUGUUUCAGAGCUGGUGUGCGCUACUAUGUAAGAGGUAUUGAUUCUGAAGGACAUGCAGCUAAUUUUGUAGAAACGGAACAAAUUGUACAUUACAAUGGGAGCAAAGCGUCUUUUGUCCAAACACGUGGAUCAAUUCCCUUUUUCUGGUCACAGAGACCAAACCUCAAAUACAAACCAAAGCCACAGAUCAGCAAAACAGUAAAUCAUAUGGAUGGCUUCCAAAGACACUUUGAUUCUCAGAUUAUUAGCUAUGGAAAACAAAUGAUAGUUAACCUGGUUAACCAGAAGGGCUCAGAAAAGCCUCUUGAACAAACAUUUGCACAAAUGGUAAAGAGCUUGGGAAAUGGAAUGCUCAGAUAUAUAGCCUUUGAUUUCCAUAAAGAAUGCAGUCAUAUGAGAUGGGAUCGGCUCCAGAUUUUAUUGGAUCGCCUAGCUGAACAACAAGAUGAAUUUGGUUACUUUCUAGUUGAUUCGGAUGGGAAGGUGGUGACACAGCAAGAAGGAACAUUCCGUAGUAAUUGUAUGGACUGCCUGGACCGCACAAAUGUGAUUCAGAGCCUUUUAGCACGCCGCUCUCUCCAAGCACAGCUACAGAGAUUAGGAGUUUUACAUGUUGGCCAGAGACUUGAAGAACAAGCAGAGUUUGAGAAACUUUACAAAAAUGCAUGGGCUGACAAUGCAAAUGCUUGUGCCAAACAAUAUGCUGGAACGGGUGCCUUAAAGACAGACUUCACACGAACUGGAAAGAGAACUCAAUGGGGUCUACUUAUGGAUGGCUGGAACUCAUUAAUUCGUUACUACAAAAACAAUUUUUCCGAUGGAUUUAGACAGGAUGCUAUAGAUCUGUUUCUUGGAAACUAUGCAGUGGAUGAAGUAGAUUCUCUCAGUCCUCUUCAUGUACAGAAGGACUGGAAAUUCUUGGCUUUGCCUAUUAUCAUGGUGGUUGCUUUCUCAAUGUGCAUUAUCUGUUUGCUUAUGGCUGGUGACACAUGGACAGAGACACUGGCCUACGUGAUGUUCUGGGGGAGCGCCAGCUUCGGCACCCUUGCUAUCAUUCUUUACAACGGCAAAGAUUUCGUCGAUGCGCCCAGACUAGUCCAGAAAGAGAAGAUGGACUGAAUUUGUGUGUGUGGAAAGCAGCUUGGUAGGGAUGGCUCCUCAAGUCACACCUGGAGUCUCUACUGACCUGUUUUCCACACCAGCUUGUGGUCUCUCUCUCUCUCUCUCUUUUUAAAAGAAAGCUUUCCUCUUUGCAUGGUGUAAAAGUGAAUCCAACUGGUUACUUGGUGGAGGGGAUUGAUUUGUUUGGUUCUGUAGUCACAAUGAUCUUAGGAGUAUUGCAUUUGCUGGAGAGUGUAUGUACUUAAAUACUUGUGAGAUUUAGACAUGAAAGUCAAAUAGCACUGAAGAUGGACUGGGUUCUUAAAAGGGUCUGCUAAGCUUCACAACCCAGCAGUGUAAUACUGUAAAAAAGCUGAGAUUGCUCAGUCUUCAAGAAGAGAUGCUGUCUUGAUAUAUCAAGAGCUCUAUUCUCUCCAGGAUUGUGUCUAAGGUAAGUCUAAAUUACAUUACUUGAUACUAGUAAAAGCCUUGCUGGUUAUACAAUAACAAAUAUUGCUGCUUUGAGGAACUUCUAGUCAGGCACCCUUGUUACCAGGGGAGCAAUUAAUGUUUUACGUUCAGGGUUGUGUGUUUGUUUGGUUUUUUCCUCCCAUGUAUAUUUCCAUUUUCCUAAGUGGAGGAAGUGAAUGGUUGUUUAUCUCCCUGCACUCUCCCUUCAAAACAAAAACCUCAUCUGCCAGUUUGGGGACAAUAUUGAUGCAGUAUUCUGUGAAAUCAUUGCAGGGAUGAGCUGUAUAAUUGACUUGUUUGGAACACGUCUUGAGAUCUGCUUUAAUGACUACAAUCUGUAGACAUAGAUGACAAACUUCUGUGUCAUUCAAAGUGUAUUGUCUUUUUUUGUAAGAUAUAAAUGGAAUCAAAGAAUGUAAAACUGCUUAUUUCGACCCUCUUACGCUAAAGGUCCAAAGUAUUUGUUCCUUUCUGAAGGAAGGUUUCAAGUGUAGAAGGUAUUUCUUAACCUGGCAAACCAGCUGCCAGAUUUUAAUAGUAUAAUCUUUGGAAAAAUGAAUGCAGAUUUGAGCUCAAUUCCAUGUCUGCACUCGGGAUCAGCAUCAGCUUGCUUUUUGUGCAUGCCGUAAUUAUAUUUCUCUACAAUGGUAACUCUCUGAAAACAUUUAAACUAUUAAGAUUAGCCUUGUGCUGGUUAUGUGUGUUUCAAAAUUUAGUGCUUCCAAGCUUUCUAUUAAAACUAGAUCUAAAUCAAGGACCAAUUUUAAAAUAACGUAUGCCAUCCAUUUUCUAAUUACUUGUGUUGAGAAACAUAUGAAUCAGCUUCAGGUGCAGUGCAUUAUUAUAUUUCCUGUAAUUACAUCUGUAUUAUUCAAGAUUGCAAUUAUGAAUUCAAAUUGUCAGAGAAUGCGUGGACAGCUAGAGUUAAUGCAGUUUUGUCACUCCAAGCUAAAACCACAACUUGCUGCUGCAGUAUUCUCAAUGUAUGACAACUGAAUAAUACUGUACAGUCAAACAACUGUUUGUUUGAAUCUUUGAGUGGUUGGAGGCCUCUUUGGGUUUAAAUAUUACCUUCUCACUUGUUUGUACUCUGCACAGCUCCUGUUUGCAUUUUAGAUGACGUAGUGGAAAGAACUAUGUGGCAUUCAAACCCAAUAUUAAAAUAAAAAAUAUAAAAUCCACGUCAUCCACCACUCAGGUGUGCGGAUAAUGUAAGAAGGCUUUGCAUUAAAUGUAUGAUUUCAUUGUUUGAUGCUUUCUAAAAAUGACUACUCCUUGUUCCUUCCGGUGCAUUUCCAAUUAAGUACUGGGUGCAACAAAGAAGAAAACUGGGCCAGGUGGCAUUGCUAGGAUAGAAAUAAAAUGUACCGGCUUGAGGAGGGCUUGAAGGAUGUCUGUACUCCAGUGCUUUACAAAGGGGCUGGAUUUCUUAGUCCACAUACAAUGUACCUAAACAAUAAUAAAACUUCAGUCUUUUCUAAAACUUU